AUGGCUGCAACAACACUUCAUGGUCAGAAUAAUCUUGUGCCUUUAGGCAUUAAGGUCUGUCAGAGUGAAACUAAGGAGAACUGGAAUGUGUUCCUCAAGGAUUUGGCUCCAGCAAUCAAUGCACAUCAUGCUGGCAGAAUUACCUUUAUUUUUGAUAGGCAGAAAGGCUUGUUGGAAGCUGUUCCUAAGGUUUUCCCUGGUGCAAGAGUUAGAUAUUGUUUCAGGCACUUAUACAAGAACUUCAAGAAGUACUACAAGGCACCAACCUUGCACAACUCAUUGUGGAAUGCAUGCAAAGCUUACAAAGUAAAGUAUUUUCAGGAUCACUUUGACAGUAUAUGCAAAGAAAAUGCUGAUGCUGGUGAAUAUCUUAGGAAAGAAGAUCCAAGUACUUGGUCUAGGGCCUAUUUUGAUCCCCUUAGCUGUUGUGAGCAUAUGAAUAACAAUUUCUCUAAGUCUUUUAAUUCUAUGAUUUCUAAUAUGAGAGAUAAACCUAUAAUCCAACUAGGCAUGAUGUAUGGUCAGUUAGUCAUGGGUUUGUUAUUUAAGAGAAGGGAAGAAUCUGCUAAGUGGCUAAGAGGAUUCCCUUAUCAAGAUGUUGUAUGUGCAUUGAAACUGCUCAGGCCAAAUUGGAAAGAUUAUUGUGCUCCUUACUGUUCUGUGGAAUAUUAUAGGACCACAUAUUCAGAUGUUGUCAUACCAUUAGAAGACAUAGCUGAAUGGCCAACGAACAUCAACUUAAACCCUCCUCCUUAUCAGAGAAAAACUGGAAGACCAGCAAAGAAGAGGAAGAGAAGUUAUGAUGAACCUGAAACUAUGGUGAAUAAAAGGAAGCGUGGAAAAUGUGGAUCCACUGCUGGUCACAACAGGAGAACCUGUGCUGGUGGUGAUGUUGGUAAAAACCAAACUGGAUUCAAGCCAAGCACUGAGUAUGAUGCUGAAAACUGCACCUUCACUAGUAGAGAUCAGCCUGAAAGUAGCACUGCAAGGGUUAAAGCCAAGGUGAACAGAUCCAUAGGUACAUCAUCAUUUGUUGCUGAGUCAUCUGCAUGA